GACUGGAUGUACAUUUCACACUUGUGACUGACAGCGCACGCGCCGGAUUAUAAUUCUUCUGUCUCACGUGUAUUUUAACCUGCCUAUACCGGACUCUCUAUACUAGGGACACUGCUAAGUGGUCGGUCAUCAUGGACAUGCUGUAUUUUGGGGAUGGAGUGACCUAUACGUACCGGCCAACAUACCCUCAACUAAACACACAUUGCAAGUAUGACUUUUCCUCAUCGUGUGCCUAUCCUAAUGUGGGACAGUCCUCAACGGAGGGGGGUACUUUCCGUCCAACUUUCCCCCCUUACCACUUUCAGCCCCAAUCUCCCAGCUCCUGUGCAGGGUUUUUCCAGCGACGGACGGGACGGAUUAAAGGCCAUGGUGGAGUGAAUCAGUUAGGAGGGGUGUUUGUGAAUGGCAGACCGCUGCCCGAUGUAGUUCGUACCCGGAUCGUGGACCUCGCCCACCAGGGUGUACGUCCCUGUGAUAUUUCAAGACAACUACGUGUAUCUCACGGCUGUGUCAGCAAAAUUCUCGGCAGGUAUUACGAGACAGGUUCCAUCAAACCUGGAGUUAUCGGCGGCAGUAAGCCCAAAGUGGCGACCCCAAAAGUUGUUGAUGCCAUAACACGCUACAAGCAAGACAACCCCACCAUGUUCGCCUGGGAGAUCCGAGAUAGGUUACUUACAGAGGGGGUGUGUUCCCAGGACAACGUGCCCAGUGUUAGUUCAAUAAACAGGAUUGUGCGGAAUCGCGCAGCGGAGAAAGCUAAAAUGUCUCCGAGUGGUCAGUCGAGUCCGAACGGUUUAGGAGAGAGUGGCCAGCCCACAACGUCGCCUAACGGGGACAUCAUUCAGCGUUCAUCUGGGGGUGGCUACACAAUCAGCGGCAUACUCAACACCCCUACGACGGCUAAGAGGAAAGGCGACAAUGAACAAGUAAACAACGGGUCUCGGGAUGGGAUCGCCAGUAACGAGGGAGCGAGCAGCAGUGAAAACAGAAUUGGAAUGUGGGAGUACGAACGGCCGGCCAAGCUACCACGAGCUGAAGAGGCCAGCACGGAGUCCGAGAUACUUCAGAACGGAGUUUUCACGACUGUUCACGCCCCUUAUAGUAGCCAGUUUGGAGCUAACCCAGCCUCAGCAGAAAUCAAACAGGAAUACCUGCACUCAGGAAACACGAGCGAGAACGCUGCCGGUGGAGCUUAUAGUCCCGCAAUAGUUGCCCAUAUAAACACAGUUCCUGCCGGAUCGGAAGCUAAGCCAGUUGUCUCCCCUGUUGCUAAUGACAACAUUCAGACGGCCAGUACCCCUCCCAGUAAUUUUGAAGCCAGUGUGACCCCAGCCGCCUCCUCCUCACCAUCAAACAACAACAAUAACAUCACUACCAACAACAACAACAUCAACAACAAUAACCCCUCCCCACCCUCCAAGCCCGGGACUCCAAACAAUUCUGGGAGCACGACUUUUACUGAGCUCAAACCGGUACCCACGGUAGCUCCCAUCAGUCAGACUUAUGCACCGCUCCCGCCCAUUGGACAGACCUUCUCAACUCCCGCAAUAAGCUACAGUACAGCGACCUACACAGGCCAGGCAGGUGUCAACAGCUCUGUACCUCUUGUUCUACCCCAAGUACCCGGAGGAAUCUAUCAGACCGGCAAUGUCCCUGCAGCUGAAUAUUCCACGUACAACUCCACACCCUACACUCAGUACAGCGCUGGCCCCUACACCGACCCCUCCUGGGCAAUGCGUUACGGAACCCCCAGUGGUUUAUUAAUGUCCGAAGCGACCCCCCAACAACAGCCACACCCAGCAAAACCUAGAGACAUGAGCCUGGAGGAGCUACGACAUAAAGCACGCAAUCACGCGGCAGCUGUCUUCGCAGCCCAAACUACCUACUGAUUGGCUGAAAAUCAACAGCACGCAUUUUCACUGGCUGAUGGAUUUUCAGAUGUGUAAUAGCGCGGGUGAUUUGAACCAUGUAUGCUCUUCAACUUGUUCUGGGCAUCACCUCGUGACUGCUAGCACUGAUUUCACGGAUGAUAGAGACACUACUUCAAGUGACAUUAUCUUCAGAAGAAUUCCUGGUUUGGAGGAGAGUUCACGUGACCUGACAGGCCAAGGGACUUAAUUCAUCAGUGUGUCCAACAUGUGUCGAGAUAAUAGACUCCAGUGUGAUACAUAGUCGGACAGUGUAACGCCUGUGUUGAUUGGUCAGUUAUGUCACGUGACUGAUAAUGAAGAUCCAAGUCUGGUCUCAAAUAUCAAGAUAGUCCCACAUUCAGACUUAUUGACUCAUAAACUAUGGUAUUAUAAGAGGAUCUAGUUCUGAUGUUAUAUCAGCGUUACGCCUAUGUUAUCAGAGAUUAUUUUACAUCCAUAUUCAUCAGAAAAUAUUUUAAGACAUACUUGUUUGAAUACUCAGUGUUACAUCUGCUGUCUUGCCACAGAAAUCUCCACAGAGCUGUUUCAUUGAGAUGUUCACAUAUGCCAUUGGUGUUUGGUACCGAGGUAGCUGGUCCUGGGUCAGCUCUCUGUACUGCUGUUAUGUACAUCUAUAGGUGUGUCAACGUGCUGAUGACAGCAGGGAUGUCCAAUAUAUAGUUGUCUUUUACUGAAAUCUGUCCCACAUGUCGUGCCAUACAGGUGACACCUACCAUCAUCAAUUUCAUGUACAUUUCAUCCAGCACGGCUGCGCCAGAGGGACGUGCCGAACAGUCGAUCUGAUACCUACUAAUCAAAAUGUUUGUUGUGUGCAAUAUUUAUUAAACAUUUCAUUUGCCACACACAUUAUAGAUUGUCAUGAUAUAGAGAUAUAUGGAAGCCUAGACACAUAGAUACUAGAUGUAUUGUGAACAUACAGCGAAGACCGUAGAGCGAAUCACCAGUAUUUAUGGAAACGCAUUCGGGACACAAUUCUUAGCGGAAUUGAAGUCAAUCAUUUGGAAUGUAUUGACGUAUAGUUUCAUAUUUGUGAACCGAAUGGGGCUCCCUACGUUACUCCUUUGGGGCAGAGACAUAUCUUCCCACAAGAGGAGGCCUUGCUCAAAUAUACGUUUGUGUGUUUGUUACGUAGAGAUAACCAUGGUAACAUCGAAUCUAACGUGUAAAAUCUGUUCCAGAUUUCUUGCAGAUAUCGGGUAAAAGCUCUCGUUUAUGUCAAACAAAUUCUAGAUUAUUGAGGUAUUAUAUUGUCAAUCAAAUACGGUUAUUCCGUGUGUAUAUUUUAUUUGUAGAUACAAGAUAAUUGUACAAUUUAUCAUUCACAUUCAUGUGAAAACAUAUGACUGAGAAUGCGUGAAUGCAAACAUAGCCAUUACCGUUUUCGUUGUAUUUGUUAGUAAAUCUUGCCAUCGAUGCCAUUUUACCAGUUUUUCUGUGUCAAAAAUGGCAUUUUUUUAUCUUGACGCAUUAUCACUGCAUAUGGUGUGGGGGUAUAGUAGUUAGAACACCCCUCCAUAUUCACACAUGGGUCCCGUGUCGGCCAUUAAGUGCUCAAAUUGCUUUCUGUACAUAGCAAGUAUUUCAUUGUAGCUUUUAUACGAAACAAACUUUUAAAGCUCUCUGCAUUAUUUUACAGGUUUUAACCUUUUAAAAAUAAAGCAUAACUCCCAGUAUAAAUUGCCUUUAUUUAAGACUGUUUGCAGUAAUUCGAAAACAUAAUUAUUUACGAAGUAAAAGGUCUGCUUCUUCAAAAUGUAUCCAAUUUAUUCAUUUUCUUUAGGUCAGUAAGACUCCAUCAGAUUUUGAUAUCUUCCUUCUUCUCACGUCAUAUAUUCCAUUAAGUCAUUAUUCAGUUCCAACCAUGCCUGUAAUUGCAUCGAUAUGCCUAAUGAUCUGCUGUAUGGUAUCACUGCUGAUCUACGUAGACAUUCUCUUCAUCAAAAUAUUGUAGAUUCAAUUUUGAUACACUCUUAUAUACCUUAUAGAAUUAUCAAAUACAUACUUAUUUGCACCUUACCUGCUCAAUCAAAGUCCAGCAAUCAAAACUGUUUCUGGAUGGGAAUACACUCUUUUCCAUGUCUGUUACUGUUGUCUCACUUUGUUGAACCUCCGGAAAUAUAUUGACAAAUAGCAAAUGCGUAUAAAGAUCUGAAUCCUUUUAAGCAAAAUUUUCUUUUGCAUUAAUUAUACAAGAAUUAUUUAGAAACACAUAAUUUAUGAAUCUUAUUAUGUCUAAUUGUACAUAAUUAUAAGUCGCCAACAAUAAUCUAUAUACGCUGUAUACGCGAUGGUGUGUACGCUUACACCUCAUGAGUUUAAUGGAAAUAUGAUCUUUACUUGUUCAAGUUUUGCUCAAUACUCUUAUGUUGUUUUUUACGUUGUUGGACCUUGUGUCUGACAGAUCUGCCUGUUUCUGUGUUUGUGAACGGUACUCGAGGUUAAACAAUAGUCUAUUCUGUUUAUGUAUCUAAAUCGUGUAUAUGUGUGGAACUCACAUGAAUAAAUUGUCAUAUUAUUCUUUUA